AUGCUCCUCCUCCGGAUAACUGUUCGACGACGUGAUGCCGUGGUUACAUACGUGGUAAUGGCGCUGACGAUACUUAUCGACCUUCCCUUCUGGUUUGUGUUGAUACUGCAAUGCUCUCCAGUACGAGAGUUUUGGGAACGGACGGGCCAGGGUCACUGCAUGCACACUGAUUAUGUCAUCGAUGUGACCUACCUCUUCAGCGCAGUAGCCUGUCUAUGCGAUUUCACCCUCGGCCUGUAUCCGAUAUACCUUCUCAAGGAUCUACAGAUGAGUAGGCGCUCAAAAUGGGCAUUGACUGGAAUCCUUGGCCUAGGAUGCAUUGCAAGCGCCGCCGUUGUUAUCCGCAUCCCCUUUCUCAAGUUUUAUAAACGUACCGAUUUUCUUUAUACCACAUACAGUAUUUCCAUCACAUCGAAUAUUGAAGCCGGCCUAGGUAUCACAGCUGGGAGUCUGGUGACUCUCCGCCCUCUGUUCCAUUUCUUCAGCCCAAAUAGGUCAGGUAGCAGGGGCCAGUCUAGUAGCAGGGGCCAGUCUAGCAGCAGCAGAACUCGGGGAUCCCAUGCUAAACUGAAUACUGGUGGACCUGCCUGGCUUCCGGGCAUGGGAUCUGCAGAACAACAUGCAAUCUCGACGAUCGUCACGAGCCAAAAUUCCCGGAAUCCGAGUUGGAAUGAAGAGAGUGUUGCGGAUGACGGGCUAGUUCAUUGUGACAUUAACGUACAGAGAACUAUUAACAUGUCCACUGAGCGGCGAGACGAGUCGCCAUAG